AUGGUUUCUAUGAGUAUUAUUUUGGCAAUGUUGAGGGCAUGCGAGUUUUCUCGCUCUAGAGUUGAUAAGAGCAUGGCCAUGUGUGAUGCAAAGACCAUUUAUGAGGCAAUGGAGAAUGGCGCAUGUUUAGACACAGCAGCAAUCAUCUCCCUCCUAAGUGGAAGAAGCAUGGAGCAAUUGAGAUCCAUUCUCCAAUGCUACAAAGAAUUGUAUGGCCAUGAUUUGUCCAAGUCACUGAGGAGAGAGAAGUUUGAAGAGUUUGGAAAGGACCUUAAAAGAGUAAUUAAAUGUGUUGAAUAUCCUCACAAGCACUUUGCUAAGCAACUUAGGAAAGCAUGGAGUAAUGGACAACGUGAAAGCAAUGUAAUGGCUCAAGAGGGUCUCAUUAGGAUAGUGGUUACUAGGCAUGAGAUUGAUAUGGAAGAAAUAGAGAGAGCAUUUUGUAAUAAAAGUGGAGUUUCUUUAGAGAUGGCAAUUCAUAAAGAAAUCAAGGAUAAAAAUAGAGAGGGUUUGAUGGGGGAUUUCUUGCUUGCACUUCUUAAACCUCAUUAAAGGGUGUUAAGACUUACUCAAAUAGGAGCAACAGUGAGAGUUUUGGUCACCUUUUCUUAUAUUGUAGUUCAAUUUUGCAGUCAAAAUAAAUGAAAGAUGAGUGGCA